AUGGCCUCCAACGACUAUUAUCAUCACAACAACUCAUCUCACUCAUCAAGCCAACCACGAUAUGCUGCUAUGCCAAGUGCCUCUGUCGUGGCUGCCAUUUUGCCAGAAGCUUCCUCUUCUUCAACAUCAAGACGACGAAAAUCUAAAGGUAAAUAUGCUGGGUCUCAUCACUAUACUAGGGACGAUGUUUAUGGGGUAUCCAUCGAAAAGAAGAUUCUUCGCAACAUCAAAUCCAAGUUUAGUCAUAGACCCUCCUAUGAGUUCCAACCAAGCUUUCAAGAUGCCGCAACUUUCAACAGUAGUUUAUAUUCUUCCUCAGGUUUCUCAGGAUUUUCUGCGACAGCAGACAAUUCUAGUAGCACUAGUGGUAGAGGCAGCAGCAGUUCAUAUACAAGUCAUUACCCCCCAGAAUCCAAUUACACUCACUUGGAUCCUUUGCAACUUCGUGAACAACGUCGCAAACAGAAUCAAGAAAGAAGUAGUCUUUCCGUUGCUGUUGUCAGCGAUGAUUCAGAAUCUGAUCCUGAUGAUCCAACAAAAAGAUCUAAUGCAGAUCUGGCUGCUAUCAAUAACCCUUACUCCUUUAAACCGUUGGCACCUGUAGCCUCACACCACAGAUUGCGCCCAAAGAAUAGCGCCGCAACCUUUAGUGAACUAGUCACACAGCCUGCAUCUAUAAGCACCAAGGCUGUAAGGUCCAAUUCUUCUCCCAAUCCACCACGCGUAAAGUUUGUGACUUUUCAAAACACCUCAGACCCAACAAUCGCUACUACAAGCACUGUAACUAAACAGCCGCAUCACAGCACUGUAUUGCCUAAAAAGUCUGCACUCAAAUCUUCAUCUUCAUCUUCCUCUUCUCACCAUUCUCGCAACCAUAUGACUUCUACCCAAGUCCCCAGCAAUUCCCAAGAAGGAGCCACUUCUUCUUCUUCUUCUUCUUCUUCUGCUCCUGCUCCUGCUCCUGCUCCUACUUCCAAGGAUCAAGAUGCUCAUAUUAGAUACUCAACUUAUGGCUUGUAUAUUAAGAAGGGUAGCCAUCAUGGCUCAAGCACUGAUCUUUCUGCAACCAAUAACAAUAACCAACCUUCACAACAGCCUCGCUCAUUAUCUCAUUCUCCUUCAAGAGCCCAGGCAAUGUUGAAUGACCAGCAACAGCAGCAACUACAACGUCUUCAUAAACGCUCUGAGGCUGAUCUUAAUCCGCAGAUAAGACACAAAAGAAGUCACCGCAACCUACAUAAGUCAAAAUCAUCUUCUUCUAUAAGUAAUGCUUCAUCUGUCUUGGGACAGGGUACCUUGCCUAUUCCACAGUCUAUUUACGAUACUACUACUACUACUACUACUACUUAUAACACUGGAAAUCCAACCUAUUAUUAUCCUCAGCAGCACCAGCAAAGCCAACAACAACAAAUUUAUGGCCAGCGUAUGAUUUCAAUGGUUGGACCUAAAGGUAGUAGUCCUGCACCUCCAGAUACAUUCACCCAGAUGAAUAUCUAUAUGGCUGAGAUUAUGGGAGGUCCUCAUGUACAUAACGUUGGCACAGAGAUCAAGUUUUUGACUUGGACCUUUGUUAUUUUGGCCUUGUAUGUUUCUUUCAAGUUUCUUUUUGGCAUGGUUCGCUCUUGGAUUCAACCUCUAAUCCAGAUUGCUUUGAUAAUUACAGUUAUUGUUAAACUUUUUGGUUUGGCUGGAGGUUCCAAUAACAAUUCCAUCAGACAAAAUGAAGGUAAUAUACAUCCAGCAGUGGGGUAUUACCCUCAAAAUGCUCAAGACUACCAUCAAUAUGCAAUGAAUUCCAAAAGGCCUCCCAAUAAUUCUUAUCCUCCUUACACAAACUAA